AUGCAUUCUGAACAUGUCCAUAAGUCUGAAGAAUUUUUUAAAAGAAAAUUAGAAGAGUUUGAUAACCAAACGAAAUCGUUAAAAAAACUUGUUUCUGUCUCUUCAAAUGCUUUACUAGUAUCGUACAAAGUUUCUUACAGGAUUGCAAAAUGCAAGAAACCGCACAAUAUCGGAGAAACUCUAGUUUUGCCAGCAGCUAUCGAUAUGGUUGAAGCAAUGUUUGGCGAAUCCUAUGCAAAACAAUUACAGCAAAUACCGCUUGCUGAUAACACAGUCGCUAGAAGAAUUGAUGACAUAUCUGAAGAUCUUUGUGAUCAAUAUGCUGAAGAAAAAAAUAACAUAGAAUGGAUCAAUUGUGUUGGACUUUGUACAGACGGAGCACAGUCAAUGUCAGGAAAUAAAUCUGGUCUUCAAGCUCUUGUAAAAAACAGAGCACCAGAAAUUAUCUGGACGCACUGCAUGCUGCACAGAUCAGCACUUGUCUCAAAGAAUAUGAGUCCAGAACUGAACGAUAUUUUUGCGCAAAUUACAAAAGUUAUAAACUACAUAAAACACAGUCCUUUAAGAGCUAAGCUUUUUGCAAAGCUGUGUGAAGAUAUGGAUUCAAAAUAUACAUCGCUUUUAUACUAUUGUGAGGUACGCUGGCUAUCUCGUGCAAAAGUGAUUAGAAGGGUGUUUGAACUCAAAGAUCAAGUUGCAGAUUUUCUUGAUGAAAAUGAUAUUGAAGAUGCAAAGUUGUUCAGGGAUGAUGACUUUAUUGUCAAAUUUGCCUAUUUAGUUGACAUUUUUGGGAAAUUGAGUAUAUUGUGUAUCUGGCGUUAUGAAGAUACACGUAGCAACACUAUGAGAAAAAGGGAAAUAACUCUGAACGAUGCAAACGACAUAGUGGAAUGUACCGUUGAGUUAUAUGAACUCUUUGUUCUGUCUUUUAUUCAAAUUCAUUUAUAUUUGAGGUUCUCAGACAAACAGCCAUUUUUGGAAGAUGAGUACAUAGCACCAUAA